CUUACUGUCUUGUCUUCACCAAAAAAAAAACUACAAACUAAAGAAGCGGCAAAGACAAAUGGGGAACUGUUUAGUUCUUGAGAACAGAGUGGUAAAGAUCGUCAGAAACGACGGUAAGAUUCUCGAAUACAGAGAACCCGUGAAAGCUCAUCAGAUCCUUAGCCGAUUCUCCGGCCAUCGACUCUUCGAUACCUUAACAACCACGCAACAACAUCUGAACCCCGAGGCUACACUCCUCUGCGGUCGCGUCUACCGUCUCUCGCCUGCACCUUCGGAGAACCCUAAUCCGAAUCCGAAGAAGAAGAAAGUGAGGUUUGCCACUCCAGAGGUGGAGGCGGAGAGAUCAAGAGAAGAUGGCGAUGACGAGAGGAACGUCAAGGUUGUGAGAGUGAGGAUCGUCCUGAGCAAGCAAGAACUGCAGAAGUUGCUUGAAGGAGGGUCGGUCCACGAGAUGGCAUAUCAGACUUUGGAUAAACAAGAUUUGGUUAUAAGCCAUGAUCUUGUCUGUAAUAAGCACGCGUUAGAUAGUAUUCCUGAACUAGAAUAGCCUAGAAUACAUACAUGUACACAUACAUACUUACAUAUAUUACACAUCGAUCGGGUUUGUAUAUUCCCUGAAUUAGAAAUAAAGAAAAGAAAAUAUAUAUACCAUACUCGAGAAUACU